AUGACAGAAUACGAUAAGUACACAACCCCUUUAUCUUCUAGAUAUGCUUCUGAAGAAAUGUCAUCCAUUUUCUCUUUGAGAAAUAGAUUUUCUACUUGGAGAAAAUUAUGGUUAAAUCUAGCAAUUGCUGAAAAAGAAUUAGGUUUGGACGUUAUUACUGAUGAAGCUAUAGAGCAAAUGAAAGCCAAUUUGAUAAUUACAGAUAAAGAAUUAGCUAGGGCUUCUGCUCAAGAGGCUAUUGUGAGACAUGAUGUUAUGGCUCAUGUCCAUACUUUUGGGGAGACUUGUCCAGCGGCAGCAGGUAUUAUUCACUUGGGUGCCACUUCAUGUUAUGUUACAGAUAAUGCAGACUUAAUCUUCUUAAGGGAUGCAUACGAUGUGAUCAUUCCCAAAUUGGUUAAUGUUAUUGAUAGAUUAUCGAAAUUCGCCAUGGAAUAUAAAGAUCUACCAGUUUUAGGUUGGACACAUUUCCAACCAGCUCAAUUAACUACCUUGGGUAAAAGAUCCACCUUAUGGAUUCAAGAAUUGUUAUGGGACUUAAGAAAUUUCGUUAGAGCAAGAAAUGAUCUUGGGUUGCGUGGUGUUAAGGGUACAACUGGUACACAAGCAUCAUUUUUAGCUCUAUUCCACGGAAACCACGAUAAAGUCGAAGAGCUAGAUGAAAGAGUCACUGAAUUACUUGGUUUUGAUACCGUUUAUCCAGUUACUGGCCAAACAUAUUCUAGAAAAAUCGAUAUUGAUGUUUUAGCCCCAUUAGCGUCAUUCGCUGCUACAGCUCAUAAGAUGGCCACUGACAUUCGUCUAUUAGCAAAUUUAAAGGAGGUUGAAGAGCCAUUUGAAAAAUCACAGAUCGGUUCUUCUGCCAUGGCAUAUAAGAGAAAUCCAAUGCGUUGUGAACGUGUGUGUUCAUUAGCUAGACAUCUUGGUUCUUUAUACUCUGAUGCUGUCCAAACUGCAUCUGUACAAUGGUUUGAAAGAACUUUAGAUGACUCUGCAAUCAGAAGAAUCUCAUUACCUGGUGCAUUUUUAACAACUGAUAUUUUAUUAAGUACACUAUUGAACAUCUCCUCCGGAUUAGUUGUUUACCCAAAAGUCAUUGAAAGAAGAAUCAAAAGUGAAUUACCAUUUAUGGCUACUGAAAAUAUUAUCAUGGCUAUGGUCGAAAAAGGUGCUUCAAGACAAGAUGUGCAUGAAAAUAUCAGAGUUCUAUCUCAACAAGCUUCUGAUGUUGUUAAAAAACAAGGUGGCGAAAAUGAUUUAAUAGAACGUAUUCAAAACGAUGCUUUCUUCGAACCUAUAUGGAAGGAUUUAGACACACUAUUGAAACCAUCAACAUUUGUAGGUAGAGCUCCGCAACAAGUCGAGAAAUUUGUUAGUAGAGAUGUUAAGAACGCAUUAGAACCAUUCCAAGUUAUGAUUAAUAACGAAGAAGUUAAAUUAAACGUUUAA